CAUCCCUCGCUCCAACCGGAGUCUGAGCGACGACAGGCGGAUCAAUACACAGACUUGAUCACUAAGCCUCGUCUUUCUACCUCCCAUAUCCACUCUCCUGACAUCACUACCCUCGCACACCCUCUUACAGACGUGACCACCUCGACGACAGGCACUUCAGCGAGCCUCCAUUGCUGCAUACACAGGACAGUCGAGACGGCGCUCCACCUGCCGCCUCUUCAGACGCGCCCAUACCCCAUCAGUGCUUGCCACUUCACAUCCUGCAUACCAUGGCAGAAGUUGAGCAGGCGGAUGAAGCGCCAGUCUCUACCCUUUCCACGGAUCCCAACAACGAUGCUGCUACCACCCCCACCUCUGCUGCAGCAACCCAAGGCACUGCCACUCCUCUAGGAUCGCCUGCGCCGACCUCUACCGCUGGUACAUCGCCACCCACAUCUUCUACCGACGCAUCACGCUAUGAAGGAUGUUCCGCGUCGAAUUCAGCAGACAGUGCAAAUGCGAAGGUAUCCGGAGCACCUUCCGGGAGACCGCCUACUUUGAGCGACAUUGCUGCACGUAUGAAGCUGGAUGGCGCCGAUGCUCCAGACUCUCCUUCGUCAAACAACCAUAGCAGCCACUUAGACGUCGUAGCGCCCUUGAAAGGCAGACUUGGAUUAGCUGGACGUCUGAAUAGCUACUCGUCGGAUACAGCAUCAGGUCAGUCCGAGUCAGAGGGCGAUGCAAAGCAGCCGACUCCGGUAGCCUUUGGCGUCCCCCCUUCCACAAGCAAGUCAAGCGGCCAAUCGCAGCAGCAGUCGGACCUGGCGUCUACGGAGGACAAGAGUUCGCCAAAUACCAGUGGCAAGGGGAAGACCCUUCCCACCUUGGAAGAGAUCCGAGAGCGAUUGAACAGAAAGGGACAGGCAACCACUCAGACUACCCCGGCUUCAAGCUCGGGCGUAACGUCAGCAGCAGCUAAGGUGAAGACUACAGAGGGUUCACCUGUAACCUCGCAGACGCUGAGUGGCGCUGAGAGCACGUCACAAGACCGUUACAUCUCACCUAGCGGAGCUCAUGGUCUCGGUGAUGCAUCACGCCAACCAGGCACCUCGGCAGCCCAGAAAGCAGAGGAGAAGGACGGCAUGCCACCCCCAAAUGCUUCUGCUAUGCUUCCUCCUGCCUCUACGAAACCUCUGACAAAAGUUUCUCUAGCAUCGUCGAAAGUCAAUGCCACCCUCUCAGUACCUGCCACCGGACGCAGCGCUCCAGGAACGCAUCCCUUGCAGCACGAGUGGACCCUCUACUUCGACUCCAAGGAAGGAGGCCCAUCGUCUGUCAGCUCAUCCCCACUCGGCGCAGCGACUCGUGCUGGGAACUCGCCUACGAAGGCAACGUCUCCCAGUCUUGAAAGCUCUGCAGCUCCGUCAGGCCCAUCUAAAGGUGCUUCGAACUCAGAGACAUGGGAAGCUGCACUCAAGAAGGUCGGAGAGUAUCGCACGGUCGAAUCGUUCAUGAGCGUCUUCGGAACCAUCAAGAGGCCUUCUACCUUGGAGCGCAAUGCUAAUUACCAUCUGUUCAAGGACGGCAUCAAGCCGAUGUGGGAAGAUCCCGCCAAUGCCAGGGGAGGCAAGUGGGUCCUCACCUUUGAUCGCAAAUUAUCCAACCCUGCUCUCGUAGAUCGAAGCUGGAUCUGGCUCGUACUUGCUCUCAUCGGUGAAGAGCUGGAUGCUGAUGACGAAGUUACAGGAGCAGUUGUUUCCACUCGACCAAAGUUCGAUCGUAUCGCACUGUGGGUCCGAGGCAAGCAGGAUGUCAAGCGGGUCAACGAGAUCGGCCGUAAGCUCAUCGACUUGCUUCAGGUGGAGUCUGAGCCCGGCGUUGCCCUGGAAUUCAGCUCAAACUCUACUGGAUCGCACUCACGAAGUGCACACUAUGGGUCGCAGAUCUUCCUUGGUUUCAGCAAUGGUGCCGUACCCCCUUCCGGAUCGAGCAACGAUAGGCAGUCGACUUCGGCUACUGCAAGCGCCACAAGAGGCGCUUCUGCUCUCACAGCAGGUUCUCCUCCUACUCGACUGGGAAGCGGUCGGUCUGCUGCUGGCUUCGGCAGCGGCGGCUUUGGCACAGGAGGGCUGAUGGGGCGGACUAAUGCUUCCUCAGUCGGGGGAGGAGGCCUGCUAGGUCGCACCCAGUCUGGUACCAAGCGCUGAGCUUCGUGCUUCGUCGCGCUCAUGAGCUCUUAGAAAGGGCAGGUCCCUGCAUUGAUCGUAUCCCGGUCCACUUGUACAUGUUUCUCCUCCCUCAAUGUCACCUUUUGUCUACCUCGUCCAUG